CGGCGGCCAUUUUCGACUUUUCGUGUAUUAUGUGAAUUCGGCGGCCAUCAUCGUGUAUUACGUGAAUGAAGCCUAACCAUAAUUUCUGUAAAAAUGGUUGGCAGGUGUGCUGUUCCUGGUUGUAAAUCAACAUAUUACAAAGGAAAUCAAAAAGAAAAUGAGGUUACCCUGUUUGCAAUUCCUAAAACUUCAUUAUCAAAAUGGCAAGAACUAAUUCCAUGUAGUAAUUUGACGAGCACCUCACGUAUUUGCUCCCGUCAUUUUGACGAAAGUGACUUUAAAACAGGGGUUGAAAUUUUGAACGUGUUCCAUCCUUACAAACGUAGGACUCUUAAUGCUGGAGCAAUUCCCAAACAUUUUCUGUUAAAUGAUACAUCUAGUCGACAAGCAAUGCAAAAUGUUGAUGCUUUCAAAUGGAGAAAUAACCUGAAUGUGGAAGCAAAUGCUAGCAAUGCAUCAGUAAGGAAACGACCAAAAGUAGACAAAAUACCUACUACGACAAAGAGAAAAAAAUUGGACAGUACAGCACCCUCCAUGGAAGUAAACUCUACUACUGAAGAAUCAAUCAACAUUCCCCAGGCUGCUGAAGAAGGAAUUGUUGAUCCACUUCCUGAUUCAAUCAAAGAAAAUCAUGCUGUUGUCAUUGAAGAUACGACAGCAGUUGCACCUUCUAUGGAAGCUACCUCUACUAUUCAAGAAACAAUCGACAUUCACCAGGCUGUUGAAGAAGCCAUUUUUGAUCCACUUCCAGGUGUAAUGAACGAAAACGUUACUGUUGUCAUUGAAGAUUCGACAGUUGCACCUUCUAUGGAAGCAAGCUCUACUAAUUUCAAGUCUAAUUUUGUGACAUUUCAGUCACUAGUAACUUUAUCAAUGAUACCAAAGAAUUGGAUAUUGUCUUUUGAUCAAAUCAAACAAAUGAUUUAUUGCAUGUCGAUGGAUCUUGAUCGAUGGAUCUGAAGCUUCAGCAAAUGUUAAAAAAAACAAAAAAUUGGCAAAACUUGCGUAGGUACCUCUGUAUUUAUGAAACAUUUUAUGCAAGAAAAUGAUUUGUGUAAAUAAAUACCCAUUUGUAACUACACUAGAAUACAAUUCAAAGUAACUAAGAA